UAUGUAAACUCUCCUAAAAAGUUAUUCAUAAUUGUGGGUAAAUCAAAUAAAAUACGGAUUUAAGCAGUAUUUCACUUAUUUUAUAUUCUAGUGUAUCAAUACGUAACAAAACAAACAGCAGACAUAGAUAUUAUGCUACUAAACCAUUACAAUUUUAGAGAUUUUAUGAGAUGAAAAAAAAAUUUGAUUUCAAGAAUGAUGAUUUGACAUUCCCCAUUAAUAUACCACUUAAAUAAAGGUAUUCAAAAACAAGAUUAUAUUAAGAUAUGUAUAUCGACCAUAAAGACAAUUCAAUAAAGCCACUCCAUAAAAUGAUUAUCUUAAUACAGAAGUUAUGAGUGGAAAUGAAAUCCUUUUAUAUUUUGAAUAAUUAGAUAACCUUAGAAUUAAUGAAAUUUUAAAUGGUCUUGAGAGAUUACAUAAAUUUAAUAAUGGAUGUAUGACUAUAUUCAAUAUUAGAAUUCAAUCUUGCUGAACAUCCUUGGGUUAAAGCAGCUUUAGACAAAGCAUUUUUAGAACAUUAUCAUCUAACCAAAGCUUAAUUUAUACAAUUAUUAAAUAUUUACAGUAAUUAUGGUAUUGAAACACCAGAAAUUUGGGGAAAGUUUGAAGAAAGAAUGAUUAAGUAAUAUAUAAAUUGAUAUUUCUAAGACUUUUACCCAAUAUUCCAGCCAGAUUGUUUGGUGAAUGUGUUAGACUAUUUAUGGAAAAGCCAGAAAGAUCUUCUGAUGAAUUCAAAAAAGAAUUGAGUCUCGUAAUCCCAGUUCAUUUAACUAAAAUGUCUCCAUAAGCUAUUGCAAAAGCAUUUGAAAUGGUUUACAAAUAUAAUUUAAUGACUGAUUAUUUGUUCUAUGAUCAUUUACACUUUAUUUUAAGAAAAAGAUUUAAGUGGUUUGUAAUGGGAAGAGCUUGUCCACUUAUGUUGAGACUCCUUAGAGAAGCUAAUUUUGAAGUAAUUAUUACUAAUAACUAUUAGACAUGUGAAUUUUUAUGGCCUGAAAUUUAUAAACAACUUGAAACUGAAUUAGAUAGAAUUCCAAAUGAUUAAUGUGCACCUAUUAGAAAUGAAUUAGUCAAAAUUGGUGAAGCAUUUCCAACUCAUUCACAAUAUAAUAAUAUUAUUAUUGCUAAAAAAAUAGGUGCUAGAGCUACUUGGGAAGCUACACUUGGAGGAUAAGCUAGAAAAUUAAGUUUAGUAGAAAUUGUGAAAAAUGAUAUUCUUUAUUAUAAAGAGAAGCAAAAGUUAUAGAGAAGUUAAAGUUAACAGAGUCCUUGAU